AUGGCCGGGGUAGCUGAUUUCUUGUGCACAGCUGCAGCCUCAGGUAAUGUGCAGCUUGUGAGAUGGUUGCUGGAGAAUGGAGCAGAUCCAAAUGGCACCAACUCAUAUGGGAGGACAGCAAUACAAGUGAUGAUGAUGGGGAGUCCAAGGAUUGCAGAGCUCCUUGUUAGUUUUUCUGCUAAUCCCAACCGUUCUGACCCGACUACUGGACAAACUGCAGUCCAUGAUGCUGCUAUAGGAGGGUUCCUGGAUACACUUGUAGUUCUGCUGAGAGCUGGGGGACAGCUCUAUGAGCCCAAAGACCACUAUGGGAAUCUACCGAUAGACCUGGUGUCUGCAGAAGAUGUAAAAGCUCUACAAGCUAUAGGAUUUGUAAUGCAACUUUAAUAUCAUACUAAUUAAAUGCGAUUAUAUCCUG